ACACUUGCUGGAGUUGAUCCUCCCCUCACAGCCAAUCAGCUGUUAGACUGGAUGCAGUUUUAACUCCCCCUCCUCUCUUGAUGACGCAGAUAGCUCCAGUGUGUGUUCAUACUGGUCAGCUGCUGUCUGUGGGGAGCAGCAUCACAACCACAACCAGCAGCAGCAGCAACAGCCUCAUACGGAUGAUGGAAACACGGAUGGAGCUGCAGUAGAGAUCCGGGGAGGAUGCUGCAGCCGCUGUGAGACAAACCGAGCCGCGUUUAGCCCCAUGUCAGCCCGCUGCUGCUCCACCUGCCGUGGAUGAUUUUCCCGAUGGGUUGUGGAGGGAGUCGGGCGGACGCGAUGAUCGAGCCGAGGUACCAUGAGAGCUGGACCCGAGAGACGGAAUCGACGUGGCUCACCAAUACCGACGUAGAGACCCCUCUGUCUGUAGCAAACAGUAAAGCUCUGGAGGCCAGUCUUAGGGAGAAGAGGAUGGUGAACACAGGCACCCAGUGUGGGAAGCAGGCCCUCACCGCCGCCGGCUCCAACCACCAGAGGAGAUCCAGACGUUCCUUUAGUGAACAAACCACGCGUGACUCCAAAAGGAGGGCAUCGAAGGAGGCCAACGCUUUGUCUAAGGAUGGGCUGUCCGUCAAUAUCAACAGCAGUGGAGAUGCAGAAGCUGGGAACACGUGUGAUGAAAGAUGAAGUGAAGCUGAAACUCCUGCGAGGAAGACGGUCAGAGCUGUGAGCAGUUCACCACAAGACGGGGACGGUGAUUUACAGAAGCGUGUGGAUGAUGUUUUGCUAGUGACUUUCCAAGAUCUUGGCUGUCGAUCUCGGUGAUUUACAACACUAUAAGCACCUGCGUAUGUCUCCAUCCAAAGAUCUCGGGAUGCUGCAUCUUUGUUGUGCCAUUGCAAAUGCAUGCAUGAAGCAGAGAGUGGUUUUCACAACCAGUGUUCACACUCUCCACCGUGCUUUCCUCCCAUGCUCAUGGUGCCGGUCAGGGAAUGUGCCACUGUGUUAAGCCAAUUUUAAGAAAACAGACCGUUCCAUAUGCACAUGAUAAUCACAAUCUGCACAUCAAAUGUUUUCUGUGUGGGGCCUUCCUAAAGAGUUUGCUUCAGUUCUUUGUGCAACUAUAUUCCUUUUUCUUGUGAAUGAAAAACAAUAGUGUGGGAACCAAUGAUGAUGCUGUUUAACCUUAGUAAAUGCUGUAAAUUAUUUACAUUUAGAAGAACCUGAAGUGCUGUUUAGAAAACUGAGAUUUGGAGGUUUGAAGCUUGAAGGCUGACGACUGUCUUUUCCAGCCUUUGCAAGUUAUAGAAACAAACACACCCGCAUGUGCCUAUAAUUCACCUUGAUUUGAACUGCUCAUAUUUUCAGUUUAUUCUUAAACUAUAGUCAGUAUUAUGUGUUCUCCAGUUACAUUUUUUAUGUUAUAUGAUGUUACACUGUAUUUUUUUUUACCAUGUGUUGUAAUAGUAUGUUAUUUGUGGGGCUUACACUGAUCUGCAUGUAUAAACUAACCUCAAAUUGAAUCAGCAUUGGUGAAAAUUGAUCAUGUGUAGAAGGUAUUUGUCCAAAUAUCAUCAAAAUGAAGCUGUAUGAGAUUAAAAAAAAAUGUUGCCCAUCCAGUGUAAAACAGAAAAAUAGCACAAAGAAGUAAAAUCAGGCAGUGACUGAGAAUGGGUGGUUAGGAUCAUGAGAUUUAUGGCCAGCAGAUGGAGAUGUUGACCAGUGGAGGUCUUACUAAUUAAAGAUCUCAUGAGGAUUGCUUGAACCACAAUCACUUUAAGAAGAUCAUUGAUUUAAUAGAGGAUGAAGAGUAAAUGAAAGGUGAUCUAUCGGUUAUGUCUUGUCACAAUGUUUAAAUGUUGUGGUAAUAGCUGCUUGUCAAGGGUUUGUGAUGGUUCACUGAGAUGAUUAUGGUUUGUUUGCCAACGUUUGUGAUAGAAAACAAAACUUACCACACAGGAUCUAUAGUAUUAACCACCUUUUUUCUUCUUUGUAUUAAAUUGUUUUAAGAUUCCUAAGUUCUCAAACUCAGAAAAAAUGUGACACAUGCAAUGAUUUCUCAUUUGCUAUAAGCAAAGGCUAGAAGAAUUUAAUAACCUGAAUCCAUAUUGACCAAUAUCUUGCUUUCUGUUAUUUUCUAUUCAUUAAUGUAUGUUUCUAUAUACUUUAAAAGACUAGUUAAAUACAUUUAUAAUAGAGCUCUGUCAUUUCCUUUCACCAAGCCCACAAUCAUAUCAGUUGAUUACAAUAAUUUAAUUUGUUUGCUAUUGCUAUUAUUUGGCUUACUACAGAAACACUAUUAUUAUUAUUAUUAUUAUUAUAAUUAUUAUUAUUUUAUGGAAUUGAUGAUUAAAAGAGAAGAAAAUGCAGUGAAGGUAGUACUUCAGUGUGGCUUACAGAAUUGAAAAGAAAUGCCAAAAAAUAAUAUUUUUCCAUGAAAUAAAAUCUAUCACCUAACAUCACCUUUGUGAAUUCU